AUGAGCAUAGACCUAACAAAGCCCCGUUAUGAUCAAGGCACGUACAUGGGUCGUGCUAAGCACUUCCUGCUCCUCACCAACCCACUUAAUGCCUUCGCGUCUACAGAACAGCUGGAUGAAGCCAAGAGGGUAGUUACUGAGUUCAAACGUGGAGGAAAAAUGCCCGCGGGUUAUGACCUGGACAAACUAUGGGCCGCGAAGUACCUCUACGACAGCGCGUACCACCCGGACACCGGCGAAAAGAUGUUCGUUCUUGGAAGAAUGGCUGCGCAGGCGCCGAUGAACACUAUCAUCACGGGAUGCAUGAUAACCUUCUACAAGACGACAGCAGCGACAGUGUUCUGGCAGUGGGUGAAUCAGACCUUCAACGCUUUGGUGAAUUACACCAAUAGGGGUGGAGACGCGCCCAUGAGCAUGACACACCUACUGGGGUCGUAUUGUGCAGCGUGUGGGGGAGCUCUUAGUACUGCACUCUACCUCAAUAGCAAAGUUAAGAACAUGAGCCCAAUCUACGCCCGACUUGUUCCUUUCGCGGCAGUUUGUGGCGCUAAUUUCAUCAACAUUCCCAUGAUGAGGAGCGGGGAAUUAAUGAGCGGCACCCCAGUGUUUACACCAGAUGGUAAGCGGGUCGGCGAGUCCAAGGUGGCUGCUCGAUAUGGUAUCAGCCUGGUCAUCGUAUCGAGGGUCCUGAUGGCCUUACCCGGAAUGACGGUCACCCCAAUAAUAACGAACAUAGCAACCCAGAGGGGGCUAUUCUGCCGAUACCCCAAGGGGGUUAUUCCGUUCCAACUGUUUCUAGUCGGUUUGUGUGUGACAUUCGCGACGCCGCUGUGUUGCGCGCUGUUCGAUCAACGUGCAACAUUGAAUGUUACCAGCCUUGACCCUGAGCUUAGGGACUUCAUGAAGAAGAAUUACCCGAAAGUAACACACGUCGUCUUCAACAAGGGUCUAUAA